AUGGAUUUUCCUUCAUCAGAAGUAAAAGUAAUCUCAGAAUGUUUCGUUAAACCCAAAACCAUGCCUGAGAAAUGGGAGGAGGCAUACCAUUUAUCACUAAUGGGUCAUUUCAUGCUCUCUUUGUACUAUAUCCAAAAGGGUCUUCUCUUUCUCAAACCAUCUAACGGUGCAAUCAAACCGAAAUACUUUAUGGAGACUUUUCUGCAGAAGCUUACAGACUCUCUAGCCACAGCACUUGUGCCUUUCUAUCCGCUAGCUGGUCGCCUCUCGAGUUCCUUAACCGAUGAUGCAAGUUCAUAUUCGGUGUUUGCGGAUUGCAAUAACAGUCCCGGAGCUAAAUUCAUCCAUGCCAAAUCGGACCUAAGUGUUGGAGAUAUUGUUGGGUCCAAAUAUGUUCCUUUGGUUGUUCAGUCUUUCUUUGAUCAUCACAAAGCAUUGAGUGGCGAUGAUCAUACCAUGAGUCUCUUAUCUAUAAAGGUAACAGAACUUAUGGAUGGAGUGUUCAUAGGAUUGUCUAUGAAUCAUGCGAUUGGAGAUGGAAGUUCCUUCUGGCAGUUCUUUAACUCAUUGUCCGAGAUUUUCAACUCACAAGAAGAAACCACUUAUAACAAACUAUUGCGUCUCAAGAAUCCUCCAAUCUUUCGUGAAGGGUCCGGUCCUAUUUGCAGCCUUCCUCUCAGUAAACCUGAUGACUCGAUUCGUCGAAUGGAACCUCCCGUCUGGAAGGAGAGAAUGUUCCAUUUCUCAUCUGAAACAGUGAGAUCACUGAAAUCAAAGGCGAAUCAAGAGUGCGGAACAACAACUAUUUCGUCUUUUCAGUCAUUGAUCGCAUUUUUGUGGAGAAGCAUUACAAGAGCAAGAAAAUUACCAAAUGAUCAAGAAACUACUUGCAGACUUACUGCAGGCAACAGAUCAAGAAUGGUUCCACCGUUGCAUAUGAAUUACUUUGGGGUUUACGUGUCUCUCGUGAAAGCGACUAUUAAAACUGGUAAUCUCUUAGAGAAUGAGUUUGGAUGGGCUGCUUUAAAGCUGCAUCAAGCUGUAGCCCAACACAACGACGAGAAGAUCUCUUCCGACAUGGAUAGAUGGUUGAAGUCGCCUUCUAAUCUGCGUUUUUUCGAUACGAACGUAGUUCAUGUCGGAAGCUCCCCGUGGUUUAACAAGUACGGAAGCGAGUUUGGGAUGGGAAAAGCUGUUGCGGUUAGAAGCGGUUAUGGCAAUAAGGUUGACGGGAAGGUAUCAGCUUAUCCGGGAAGAGAAGGUGGAGGAAGCAUAGAUUUGGAAGUGUGCCUUCUUCCAGAGAUCAUGGAAGCUUUGGAAUCAGAUCAAGAGUUCAUGUCCAUUGUCUCUCAAGCAUAG